CUGGUGAGUCACGUUGGAAAACGUCAGUUUCUUGGUGAACUUUUCCGAUUUUUCUCAGCGUAUCCCAAAGUGAAAAUACAACAUAAAAAGCUUCACGUCACAAGACUAGAAAACAAUAACGAAAGAACUGCCAUUUAGUUUGAUGAGUGCAGUAGAUGUCAUCAAAUUGUGAUCAGGAGACGGUCCCAACGCCUCCAGCAGCGAAAAGAAGGAAAAUUUCAAAUUCGGACGGUCAAACAAACUCUGUAUCUCACGAAAAUCACUCAGGAAAUCAGGCCUCGAUGUCAGACGGGAAUGGGAUUAUGGAUGGUCAAAUGCAGAUCGAUGAAGGACUUUAUUCUCGGCAACUAUACGUUCUUGGCCAUGAAGCCAUGAAAAAAAUGGCCACUUCCAAUAUUCUUAUCUCAGGUCUUAAAGGUCUUGGAGUUGAAAUAGCAAAGAAUGUUGUACUGGGUGGUGUGAAGUCAGUUACUCUUCAUGAUUCAGGGAAUGUGGAAAUGUCAGACUUAUCUUCUCAGUUCUUUCUUCAAGCGGAGGACAUAGGCAAGAACAGAGCAGAGGUGUCUUUGAGCAGAAUAUCAGAACUCAACAGCUAUGUGAACAUGUCUGUUUUUACUGAGCAACUGACAGAAGAAUUUUUAGGAAAAUUUCAGGUUGUAGUGCUGACACAGUCUCCCCUUGAGGAACAACUUUGGGUUGGUGACUUUUGCCAUGCAAGAGGAAUUAAGUUUAUAAUUGCUGACACAAGGGGAUUGUUUGGUCAAAUAUUUUGUGACUUUGGAGAGAGUUUUACAGUUGUGGAUACAAAUGGAGAACAGCCAAUCAGUAACAUGAUUUCUUCAGUUUCAAAGGACACAGAUGGUGUGGUGACUUGUUUAGAUGAGCAGAGACAUGGGUAUGAAUCUGAUGACUAUGUCACAUUCUCUGAAGUACAGGGGAUGACUGAAUUGAAUCAAUGUGAACCAAGAAAAAUUAAAGUUUUAGGUCCUUAUACAUUCAGUAUUGGUGAUACCAGUGGCCUAUCAGAUUAUGUUCGUGGUGGCAUUGUCACCCAAGUUAAAAUGCCAAAAGUAGUCAAAUUUAAAUCAUUUAGACAGUCUCUAAUGGAGCCAGAGUUUGUACUGACAGACUUCGCAAAAAUGGAACGACCUGCGCAGCUUCACCUUGGAUAUGUUGCAUUGCACAAAUAUGAAAAAGAACAUGGUGCUCUUCCAAGACCAAGAAGCAAGGAAGAUGCAGAAAAGUUUGUUGCACUGGCCAAGAAUCUUAACUCAGAGAAAAUAUGUUCAAAGGUGGAUGAUGUUGACGAGGGUCUGUUGACUCAGUUGGCUUACAAUGCCAGGGGUGACAUCUGUCCCAUGCAGGGGGUUAUUGGAGGAAUUACUGCACAAGAAGUGAUGAAAGCUUGCAGUGGAAAAUUCAACCCAAUCUUUCAGCUGCUGUAUUUUGACAGUCUAGAGUGCUUGCCAGAGGAGGGAGACAUUCCUGAAGCUUCAUGCCAACCUACUGGAUCAAGAUAUGAUGGUCAGAUUGCUGUUUUUGGACGUGAAUUCCAAAAGAAGCUGUCAGAUCAGAAGUUCUUCAUUGUUGGUGCUGGUGCUAUUGGAUGUGAACAUCUCAAAAACUUUGCUAUGAUAGGAUUGUCUUGCAGUGGUUCAGGACACUUGUAUGUCACAGAUAUGGACACCAUUGAGAAAUCAAACCUGAACAGACAGUUCCUGUUCAGACCGGCUGACGUCCAGAAAAUGAAAUCAGAAGUUGCAGCCAGAGCAGUGAAAGUCAUGAACCCAGAACUGAACAUUACAUCACACCAGAACAGAGUUGGACCAGAAACAGAAAAAAUAUACAAUGACGACUUCUUUGAAGCUCUUGAUGGUGUUACAAAUGCUUUGGACAACAUUGAUGCUAGAUUGUACAUGGACAGGAGAUGUGUCUACUAUCACAAACCACUCUUGGAAUCAGGAACGCUCGGAACGAAAGGAAAUGUUCAGGUUGUGCUACCUUUUGUGACAGAAUCUUACAGCUCCUCACAAGAUCCCCCAGAGAAAUCCAUUCCUAUUUGUACACUGAAGAAUUUUCCAAAUGCUAUAGAACACACUCUUCAGUGGGCAAGAGAUGCAUUUGAAGGACUCUUUACUAUUCCAGUGGAGAAUGUCAACCAGUUUUUGAGUGACCCCAAGUUUGGUGAGAGAACGGACAAACUUCCUGGAAUGCAGGCGACUGAAAUCUAUGAGAGCAUCAAGAAAUGUUUGGUAAGCGAGAAGCCAGUCGACUUUGCAGACUGCGUGAGAUGGGCCAGGUUACAAUUCCAGGAAAAUUAUGUCAACACCAUCAAACAACUCCUCUACAAUUUCCCUCCUGAGCAGUUGACAAGUUCAGGACAGCCAUUUUGGUCUGGUCCCAAGCGCUGCCCUCAUCCACUGGAAUUUGAUCCGCGUGAUCAAACACACAUGGACUACGUAGUGGCUGGGGCGAACUUGAGAGCGUUUAUGUUCGGAAUCAAAGGUUCACGUGACCAUAGACUCAUUCUUGAUUCUCUUAAGACGGUCAAGGUGCCAACGUUUGAGCCCAGAUCAGGAGUGAAAAUUUCAGUAACUGAUGAGGAAGCAGCACAGGAAAGCUCUGGAUCUGUUGAUCAAGACAUUCUUGAAAAGACAAAAGCUGCCGUUCUGGCUGUAAAGGAACAGCUGCCAGGUUUUAAGAUGAAUCCUGUUGAAUUUGAAAAGGAUGACGAUACGAACUUCCAUAUGGAUUUCAUUGUAGCAGCCUCCAACCUGAGAGCGGCUAACUACGACAUCCCGCCAGCAGACAGACACAAGAGUAAGUUGAUUGCUGGCAAGAUCAUCCCAGCCAUUGCUACUACAACUGCCUUGGUUAGCGCUUUGGUCUCACUGGAGUUGUUCAAGAUCGUUCAGGGAAAUAAGAAACUGGAGACCUUCAAAAACGGAUUCAUCAAUCUUGCUCUGCCGUUCUUUGGCUUUUCCGAACCAAUCACUGCACCGAAAAACAAGUAUUACGACAAGGAGUUUACGCUAUGGGAUCGAUUUGAGGUUAAUGGACGCAAGGAAGACGGGAGUGAGAUGACCCUGCAGGAACUUUUUGACCUCUUCCAGAAUGAGCAUAAACUAGAAGUAACGAUGCUUUCACAAGGCGUUUGUAUGUUAUACUCGUUCUUCAUGCCUCCUGCCAAGAUGAAGGAAAGACUAGCUACCAAAGUCUCUGAAGCGGUUGAAAAGGUAUCCAAGAAGCGCAUUAAACCUCACGUCAAAGCACUGGUGCUCGAGCUGUGCUGCAACGAUAAAGAAGGAGAAGAUGUCGAAGUCCCGUAUGUCCGCUAUCGCUUCCGGUAGACUUGCAUUUGAACACCCGAUUGUAGUUCCCAGUCGCUUACCUCAAAUGAACAGCAGUUAAAUUAGAUAAAACACAUCCAAACGAGGCUAAAAGCCCGAUGUUUGCAAAAUUAGAUCUGAAAACUUCUUUGGUUGAGUUUCGUAGCACCAGAUGUGUGAAAGCAGUUUCAUUUAAUAAAGAAAACUACGUAAAUAGAAA